AUGAAGUAUAUCGUAGUCAGUGGAGGUGUCAUCUCCGGUAUCGGCAAAGGUGUUAUCGCCUCAUCCACCGGUCUCUUGCUCAAGACACUCGGUCUUCGUGUCACCGCCAUCAAGGUCGAUCCUUACAUGAACAUCGAUGCCGGUACCAUGUCUCCCACCGAGCACGGUGAGGUCUACGUUCUCGACGAUGGAGGAGAAGCUGAUCUCGAUCUUGGCAAUUACGAACGAUACCUCGACGUCACCUUGAGCCGCGACAACAACAUCACCACCGGCAAGAUCUACCGUGAAGUCAUCGAGAAGGAGCGCAAGGGAGACUACCUCGGCAAGACUGUCCAGAUUGUUCCUCACCUCACCAACGCUAUUCAAGACUGGAUUGAGCGCGUUGCUCAGCGACCCGUCGACGGCAGCGGCGAGGCACCCGAGGUCUGCAUCAUUGAGCUCGGCGGUACUGUCGGUGACAUCGAGUCGGCUCCUUUUGUCGAGGCCAUGCGUCAGUUCCAGUUCCGUGUUGGGCAUGACAACUUUGCCCUCAUCCACGUCAGUCUUGUCCCCGUCAUUGGCGGCGAGCAAAAGACCAAGCCUACCCAGGCUGCCAUUCGUGACCUUCGUGGUCUCGGUCUUGUUCCCGACAUGAUUGCCGCCCGAUGCCCUAUUCGUCUCGAGCCUGCGGUCAUCAACAAGCUUUCCAUGUUCUGCCACGUAGGUCCUGAGCAGGUUAUGGCCGUUCACGACGUCUCCUCCACCUACCAUGUUCCAUUGUUGCUUGAAGAGCAAGGUAUGGUCCGCUUCUUCCAAAAGCGUCUUGGUCUCAACGUCAAUGGCAGCAUCCCCAAACCAAUGUUUGACCAGGGCCGCGAACUUCGAACCCGCUGGCGCGAACUUACUGUCGGACACGACCGCAUGAUCGACAAGGUCGAGAUUGUUCUCAUCGGCAAGUACACAUCUUUGCACGACUCGUACAUGUCGGUCGUCAAGUCACUCGAGCACGCCGCUCUCCGAUGCCACCGCAAGCUCGAGCUCAAGUGGGUCGAGUCGAGUGAUCUUGAACCUGUCGCCGAGUCUGAAAACCCCGUCAAGUACCACCAGGCUUGGCAGGCACUCUGCUCCGCCAAGGGUAUUCUUGUUCCCGGUGGUUUUGGUACUCGUGGUACUGAAGGAAUGAUCAGCGCAGCACGAUGGGCACGAGAGAAGAAGAUUCCUUAUCUUGGUAUCUGCCUUGGUUUCCAAAUCGCUGUCAUCGAGUACGCCCGCAACGUUCUCGGCAUCGAGACCGCUGGGUCCGCCGAGCUUGAUGCCAACUGCAAGGACCCCGUCAUCAUCUACAUGCCCGAGAUCAGCAAGACCCAUCUUGGUGGUACCAUGCGACUCGGUUUGCGACCUUCGCUCUUCCAGAAGGGCACCGAAGAGUGGUCAAAGAUCCGUCAGCUUUACGGCGGUCAGCCCGUCAUCUGGGAGCGUCACCGUCACCGAUACGAAGUCAACCCCGAAUACGUCGAGCGCAUCGAGAGUGCCGCUUCCAACCCUUCCGCAAAAGCAAAGACAACACCGCAAAAGGUUCCCAGCAGCAUUCCCGCCACCUCCCCACCUCUCUCCUUCACUUCGCCAAGACUCGGAUCUUCCUCCACCUUCGAGGAAGCUUUCACCGGCAUCGACGAGCUCAAGUUUGUCGGUAGGGACGAAAAGGGAGAGCGAAUGCAGAUCGCCGAGUUGCGCCACCACCCAUACUUUGUGGGUAUGCAGGCACACCCGGAGUUCUGCUCGCGUCCUCUUAACCCAUCGCCUCCCUUCCUCGGCUUCAUCGCUGCCUCAGUUGGCUUGUUGGACGAGCAGCUCGCUAUGCAGAAGAACUACCUCCCUCCUCACCCUGAGAGCCACAUGAUCUCCGAGUCCGAAAUGAUCAAGCGCAGGGAAGCCGGCGAAGUCGACGACAAGCCCGCCACCACACCUCCUGGCGCUGCUACUCCCACUCGCAGUUUGAGCGUCAACAAGGGUUCUAAGCCGCAACCCGACCUUGCUGUAGCAGCUCGCGUCGCUGCUGCUGAGAAGGCCAACGCUUCUGCUGCAGACCACUAA